CCUGACGUCAUCUUCAUGCGCCAGCAGAAAAGGGUUCUGGAUCUCUCAGACGAUUAGUAUUUCUCGUUGAUUUUCAGCUCUAAAAGGAAAUAUGUCGGGAAGUUUUUAUUUUGUUAUGGUUGGGCAUCAUGAUAAUCCUGUCUUUGAGAUGGAGUUUCUACCCCCUGGUAAAGCAGAGUCAAAGGAUGACCACCGUCAUCUGAACCAAUUUAUCGCCCACGCAGCGCUUGAUCUGGUUGAUGAAAACAUGUGGCUGUCAAAUAAUAUGUACCUCAAAACUGUAGAUAAGUUCAAUGAAUGGUUCGUCUCUGCCUUUGUCACAGCUGGUCAUAUGAGAUUCAUCAUGCUUCAUGAUGUACGACAAGAGGAUGGAAUUAAAAACUUCUUCAGUGAUGUUUAUGAUCUAUACAUCAAGUUUGCAAUGAAUCCAUUUUAUGAAGUUAAUGCACCAAUACGCUCAACGGCCUUUGACAGAAAAGUGCAGUUUCUUGGCAAGAAGCAUCUUCUCAGCUGAUUUCAAGGACUGGAAUUUGAUAUUCUGGUGAUCAUGUCUGGGUGGUUGUAUAUAGAAGGACCAUUUCCCGCCUGUAUAAAGUUCUCCCUCUCUUUUGUUUAUGUAUGACUUUCUUUUUUAUGUCUCAUUGUUGUUUGUCUACAGUAAUAUAAUUAUGGUAUGUAAGUUCUUUAUUUUCUUUUUGAUUGUCUUAAAUCAGUAAUAAAUGUAUAAUUAAUUACACAGUG